AUAACUAAGAGAAAAUCGCGUAAGAGAAAGCAGAUUCAGCAUAGUGGCACACUUGAGUAUGGCCUAGCAGCAUUGCGGGUAGCUGCUGAGGCUCAACUGUUUGGCGCUGUAGGAACUGCAGCAAGACUAGACACAACGCACAAACGUGCUAGGAGGGUGUAG